AUGGUGCAACCAGGUGCUUUUGUCGUUGCCGGACAAACGCUUGCUCUCCUCUAUCCUCAACACUCUACAUAUCUCUCUUCCUCUUCUUCUCUCUCUUCCUCUUCUUCUCUCUCUUCCUCUUCUUCUCUCUCCUCCUCUUCUUCUCUCUCUUCCUCUUCUUCUCUCUCUUCCUCUUCUCUCUCUUCUCUUUCUUCUUCUUCCGUUAUUAGUAGGGUGGACGGCGAGGAGGCGGGAGGAGAAGGCCGAGUGCGAGCGAUCGAGGCAGUCGAGAGUGGCGAGGCGAAAGGCGCUGUAGGGGCAGAGGCGACAGAGAGAAGAGGGGGAGUCGCCCAAGAGGCUGACGAGGAAAGGACGGCGGUGCUUCGGUGCUUUGACUUGGCUGCGCCGCAAGCUGGACGCGUUGUCAGCCUCAGGAUCCCCAGCGGGUCUCAAAUCGCCGACCCCGAGCUCUGCCUCUGCAUAAUCGAAGCUGCCGCAUGCACACACCCCCUCGUCGUCGGCGGGCUCUGCGCCGUCUGUGGCGUUGAAGUCCGAGCAACCCACGUCCAGGAACAAACCGUGCAUGCGGGAUUUGUUUCGACACACAAAGAGCUUCGAUUAGAUCGGGAAUUCGCUAGGCGAAUGGAGUACGAGAGAAUGGCGAGUUUGCUGGCGAAGAGAAAACUUUGCCUGAUUCUCGAUCUGGACAAUACCCUCCUCCAGGCCUCCCCCGAUCUGCCUCCUCUCGACGGUCCGCCUUUGAUUAUUGUCGACGACUUCAGUUCCGAUUCCCUUACCUCGGGAGGCUUCUCUUCGUCGCGUUCAUCUCCAGUUCUCUUUUCGCACGUGCCGUCCGCCUCCGGUGAAUCGGGCACGGUGGAGCGAGAAACCCGGGGCAGUGUGAAUAAGGAGAAGACCAAGACGGUCGGGGAGGCAAGGCGAGAAAGGGUGCCCGAAACAAGCUGGGAGAAAGAAAGCGUCGAUCAACAAGUCGAAACAGCCCUGGACGGCGCAGGCGACAGAGACGCAGAGGGCGAGUCGAGCAAGGAAGCGCCGAGAGGACAGGCGAGGGGACCGGAGCGGACGAAACGCGACGACGCCGAGCCUGAGACUCUCACGAACGGGAACGACACGCGUUCUUCGUCAACCCCCUCCGCUUCUCCCACGGCCCUCCCGCGUCAAACUCGAGACGCCGACGGAGGAUCUGAGAAGUCGGAAGAACGCGAAAACGAGGAACGCACCCGAGACGCGAACGACGCAGGCGCCUCCGAAGCAAGUGCAGACUCGCGGGAAGAGAGAGACCCGCACAGCGACGCGUCGAAAGAAGAUUCAGAAUGCAGAGGAGACACGCGAGGCGAGAGGCGAAAGGAACGGAGAGAUGAACAACGAGCGGAUAAGAGAAGAGAAAGGAGAGAAGGAAGGGGAGCGGCGUUUGCUCGUGGAGACGAGGCGGCGGGUGGUCCUCCGUGGAUGUUGAGACGUGGGUUUUGGACGCCGACGGCAGAGGAAUGCACACGGUGGGAAACGGUGUGUUUUCCUGAACGCGACGGACGAAAAGGGGGACAAAGCAGAGCGGCGUCGAACGCGGACGAGACCGACGACGCCCUGGCGGCCAGGCAGAAGGGAGACGCGCAGGCUGACGCGAGGCGGGAGCAUCAGACGAACGACGCGCAAGGAACAGAGCGAGGCGAUCGCAAGGACGAAGAGGGCGAGAAUUCAGGGAAGGUGGACGGGGACACAGGGAAAAACGCGAACGGAAGGGAAUAUCCGCAUUAUCGCGAAGACAACGAGGGCGCAGCAAUUCGGCAAGCACUGGAAAACAGCGUCAUCGGCGUCCGAGUCGCUGUGGAGACUUCGCGCGUCGGCGCCGACAGACGCGAGAGAGAUCGGCGGCGGGGCCAGCCUGCGUCGCGCGCAACCGAAGCGGACCCGCCUCUCCCUAUCGAGCAGCACGUCACCUUCUUCAAACUCCGCCCUGGCUGCCUGGACUUUCUCAGGCGCGUGUCGCAGACCUUCGAGCUGUACAUGUACACCAUGGGAACGGCUCUGCAUGCAGCCACGGCGCUGCGCAUUCUGGACCCGGGGCGACGUUUCUUCGGCCGGCGCGUUUUCUCCAGACAGGACGCGGUCAACGGCCUAAAGGCGAUCGAGCGCAUUUUCCCUCACGACCGAAAAAUGGUUCUCGUCGUCGACGACCUCGAUUGCAUGUGGAGCUACAAUCCCUGCUGCAUCAAGGUUCAGGGCUACCAUUACUUUGCAGAUGUGUCAGCUGCAGAUGCGCGUCGAAUUCUGCCGCACAGCUACACUCAGUGGCUGAGCAUGGCCCGGCCCUUUUGCAAUUUCCUUCCUUCAGCGUCAUCGUCUCCUUCCACAAAUGCUUCGCGUGAAGGCAUGGACACCGAGGCGAAGCGCCUGAACACCCGAGAUGGACCUGAGGCUCCCGCCGGCACCGCACAUGAGCACAGCUCCUCAGGUUUUGAUAAGGAGGGUUUUCCGAUUCCUGCGUCUCGUCGACAAACGGCACGAACCGACAAGGACAAACCGCGGGCAUCCUCCGCCGCCUCUGGGACGCGCCUCGCUUCUCGACCAGCGGGCUCGGCCUCGUCAAACUUUUCUUCGGCAGAUUCGCCGUGUGCACCUGCCGGCGACUCGCGGAGGCGGCUGCGUGCAGUCUCCAGUUCCCCCCAUUCCGCGCCUUUUUUCAAACCUUCUGUCGUCGAGGAUUCCGAUCGGCAGCUCCUCUACCUGUGUCACAUGCUCGGCGUCGUGCAUCGCAUCUUCUUUCGAGCAGCGGAUCGCGUCGCUCAUACUGUUUCCUCUCUCUCUUCUUCCUCUCCGUCUUCUGGUGCUCGUCCGUCUGGGGCUCGGUCUCUUCCGUCGCUUUCGGCCAACACAGAGAAUGACCUUGUGGAGGAACGGAGUCGCGUUGAGGCUGCAGCAGCGAGCGAUACGAAGAGCGAAGCAAAGACGGAGAAGGCGUUUUGGUCUCCUGAAACCACCAAGACGUUCCUGGGACUUCUGCCCAACGUUGCAUGGAUCCUUGACGCCGUUCGAGGCGAGACCCUCAAAGGGGUGACGCUCAGUUCCUCGGGCGUCCAGGGACAGCAACUAGCGCGGUUCACCCGCACCGACCUCGCGCGUCUCGCCGCGAUGAUGGGAGCAACCGUCGUCGAUUCGUUCGACUCCUCUGUCACGCAUCUUCUCUGCACAAAGGUGACUGACAAAUACAACCGAGCCGGAGGCAUGAAGAUUCACCGGCCUCACGUCAUGUGGCUGGAAAAGGCUCUCUACACGUGGAGCCGACCCGAUGAGGCGCCGUUCGAGUUCAGGCGGUGCGAGGGCCGAUAUCGGAGUUUUUGGGAAGUCGAAGAUUCUCAGCAGCCCGCCGAAGACGACGUGGCGAGCACCGCACACGCCGAACGCGGCGAAAGUCGUCUGGAGGCGAGCGAAGUGAAAAAGGAAGCAGCGAGCGACGAAGAGACAGAGGAGACACCGACGGGGUGGGACGCCUUCUGGCAAGAGGCGUUUGACGAAGUCGAAGCGGGCGAGAACGAAGGGACAGUGGGGGGUGGUGAGUAG